CGUGAUUGGAAAUCAGCUAUAGAAAAGGAUAUAAGUGCAGAAGACCAAUAUCAUAUUGAUGUGAAUAUUUGGAAUAGUAUUGAAGAAUCUGAGCAUGAACCUGAAGCAUCAACUAGUAAUGCAAGGAUAGUUAUUUCUGAUCGCUAUGCAGUUAUCAAAAGUAGAAAAGCAGAGCUAGCAGCAGAUAUGGAAGCAUAUAAGACAUUA